UCCGCAUUGGGCGGGGACUCUGGGCCAAAUCUGUGACCUUAUUGAUUGCUUUUGCCUGAUGAGCCGCAGCCUCGCCAGGAUCGACUGCUCCGGUCUGGUGAGUGAGGCGCGGGAAAACGAGUUUGAAGCCUGCGGGUUCGCUGAGGUGGUCAGCCCUCCUCAUUCCUGACCGUGCUGCGAGCUGCCAUGUCGGAGUCUUACUUCCCGGUGGAGUCCGGCGCUCUGGGACCUGAGGAGAACUUCCUGUCUUUGGACGACAUCGUAAUGUCACAGGAGAAGCUGCCGGUGCGCGUCGAGACGCCCAUGCCGCGCCUGGGAGCCUUCUUCCUGGAGCGGGGUGCGGGCACCGAGGCGGACCAUCCGCUCCCACAGGGUACAAAACUUGAGCUUCCCUUGUGGCUGGCUAAAGGACUCUUUGACAACAAGCGUCGUAUCCUUUCUGUGGAGCUUCCCAAGAUGUACCAAGAGGGAUGGAGGACUGUAUUCAGUGCGGAUGCUAACGUCGUGGACCUCCACAAAAUGGGGCCCCAUUUCUAUGGGUUUGGCUCACAACUCCUGCAUUUUGACAGUCCAGAGAACGCAGAUAUCUCCCAGUCACUGCUGCAGACUUUUAUUGGACGGUUCCGCCGCAUCAUGGACUCCUCCCAGAAUUCUUACAAUGAAGAUACUUCAGCACUGGUAGCCAGGUUAGAUGAGACAGAGAGGGGCUUAUUUCAAAUUGGGCAGAAAGGUCUGAACGACUUUCAGAGUUGGGAAAAAGGUCAAGCUUCUCAGAUUACAGCUUCCAGCCUCGUUCAGAAUUACAAGAAAAGAAAAUUCACAAAUUUGGAAGACUAAAAGCAGAACAGAACUGCAACUUGUAGGUUUAUCCCUGUACCCCUUGAUGAGACCAGUUAACUUGAUGGCAGACCCGUUCGUGUACUGCUUCAAGACUUUGAACCUUCAGCAGUCUGAAAGCCUAGAACUGUCUGCUUGGGGCAGAUGUGGGUGCCCUUGA